AACUGCCGAACCCGAAGGCAACUAGUAGCAGACUAGCACUAGUAGGUUCUUUGCUUCCGCCGCCGCCGUCGCCGCCGUGAUGCAGCAUCACCUACGCCGAUGCGGCGGCGGCGCUCUCACCGCGCUCCGACAGCUCCGCCACAUCCCUUCCGCUGCCGCAGCAUCUCCCCCAGCGGCCUGGAGGCGUCCCUGCCCUCCUCCGCGGCUCUACUCCACCGCCGAGAUGAGCCAGCAACUGCCUGCGAACCUGGUGGCGAUCAUGGAGCAGAGAAUGAAGUUGAUCGAGCAGAGGAGUGCGUACCUCCAGGAGCAAAUCAACCAGCCAGCUGCCUUGCCCGAAGAGUACUCUAGGGCUAACAAGGAGUUCCGCAAGCUGGAGAGCACCAUGGAGUUGAUCAAGGAGCUGAGGUCGAAACGGGAGGAAAUUGAGUGUUUGAAAUCUUUGGUUACAAAUGCCCGUGAAGAGAAAGACAUGCGCGAGAUGGCAGCAGAAGAGCUACUUGAGGCUGUCGAGGAGGAGAAACGUUUGCAGCAUGAACUGUUUAGAGCUUUGCUUCCCAAAGAUGAAGCAGAUGAGAGGGAUUGCAUACUGGAGGUGCGUGCAGGAACUGGAGGAGAAGAGGCAUCUUUGUUUGCAAUGGAUAUAUUCAGAAUGUACGAAAAGUAUGCCCAGAAGAACGGUUGGAAAUUUGAUGUCAUUGACAUAAUGGAGUCUGCUGUGAAAGGAUACAAGGAAGCUAGUGGAACAAUAUCAGGUCCUGGAGCAUUUGGCAAACUGAAGUUUGAGAGCGGCAUUCAUAGAGUUCAGCGAGUGCCAGUGACCGAAAAAUCUGGACGGGUGCACACUAGUGCUGUAUCAGUUGCUGUUCUUCCUCAAGCUGAUGAGGUUGAUGUCCAACUGCGGAAUGAGGACCUGAGAAUUGAUACCUACAGAUCAGGUGGCUCUGGAGGCCAGUCUGUUAAUACAACUGACAGUGCUGUUAGGAUAACUCAUAUUCCAACCGGAACAGUGGUUGCAAUUCAAGACGAGAGAUCACAGCACAUGAACAAGGCCAAAGCUCUCAAAGUUCUCCGAGCACGAUUGUAUGAAAUUGAAAGGCAAAGGCUCCACAUGGACCGAUCAAAGCUUCGAUCAGAGCAGAUUGGAAGUGGUGACAGAUCAGAGCGAAUCAGAACAUACAACUUCCCUCAGGGCCGUGUCACAGAUCAUCGUGUUGGAAUCACUCACCACUCCAUAGCAGAUGUCAUGGAAGGGGAGAACCUGGAUGCAUUCAUCGAUGCACUCCUGCUCCAAGAAGAGAUGGAUGCAAUUGCUUCAUUUGCAGCGUAACCACUAAAGUAAUGAACCCUUAGAGCAAUGAACCAUGUCAUGAACACAACAGAGGAGACUGAUGAACAAUACAUAACACAGAACUGGCAAAGUCAAGAUGAACUUCUGGAUUUGCUUUUGGCCUGUCUGUCCUGCAUCAGAAUAUGUAACUUUACAUGAUGCAGAAUUUUGGUUUUAGUAGUAGCAUAUUGAUGUGUACGUGUUAUUAUUUUACGAAAUUGAAAUGGGUUCUCUGAUGCUGAAGCUUUGGAUGGAGUUUAGUACAUGUCAAGCUGAUGUUGUUUCGCAACUUUAUUGACUUUAAAUUUUGCUUCCGUUUCUCGUUUAUGUAAUAAGCUCAUGUUGUAUGUCCUGAGUCAA